UAAACACGCACGCCCACCUCGCUGAUAUACCAAACCCAAGCCCCCCGAUCAGGUGUAACGUCCGAUUCCCCGGGAGGAGCAGUGGCCGUUAAAAUCCAGCCCCGGCGUGCCCAUGCAGAACAACAAGCCAAGCAUAUUCAGUAAUCUAUCUCGCCGGCGAUCACAGCUAAGCUAAGGGAGCUAUCUGCUGCGGCCAUGGCGAUCGGGGGUAUCAUCGGGAGCCACCAACGGCACUCCGUGGUGGCCUCGCGCGUGGCCAUGUUCGCGCACCUGCUCUUCCUUGUCACCGCCGUCCUCAUGCUCGUCUGGCUCCUGCGCUUCCGCGGCGGCAUCAACAUACAGUCCGAAGACCCAGACCAGAUCUUCAACGUUCAUCCCUUCGUGAUGUCCUGGGGUUUCAUUCUUCUUAUUGGAGAAGCCAUACUGGUGUACACGACGGUCCCGAUGAACCACCGGGCGCAGAAGAUGGUGCACAUGCUGGUCCACAUGGUGGCCUUCAUCCUGGGCGUCUUCGGCGUCUACGCGGCGUUCAAGUUCCACAACGCGGCCGUGGCGCCGGACCUAGUCAGCCUCCACUCCUGGAUCGGCAUCGGCGCCAUCUCCCUCUUCGCCCUGCAGUGGCUCAUCGGCUUCGCCGUCUUCUGGAUGCCCGGAACGCACGAGCACACCCGCGCCGCCGCGGCGCCCUUGCACGUCGCCGGAGGUCUGGCCGUCUUCCUCCUGGCCGUCUGCGCCGCGCAGACGGGGCUCGUCCAGAAGGGCGCCAGCGCCACGCCCGGCGGCACCGAGGCCAACCUCAUCAACGUCACCGGCGUCUUCAUCCUCUUCUACGGGGCCACCGUCGCGGCCACCGUCGUGCUGCGCAUGGCCACGCGGCACGUCUAGGCAGCUCUCGGUCGAUCCGUCACCGGCGUCUGUACAUUUGUAAUUUGUUUGAUUGGUUGGGCUCGUUUCACCAUUUGUACGAGGCUCAUGUAAAGCGAGUUUGGGUAGUUUUGCGUCGUGUGUAUACAUUGUGUGUCUUCGGCCAUUUCUCCAAUAUUUCCAAGGGAUUUGCUAGAUAACAGUGGACUAAU